AUGGCCUCCUCGUCGAUACCCAUUGAGACGCCUACGCAUAUACGCAUUCUCACCCUCAAUUGCUGGGGCCUCAAGUUCAUCGCCAAAUACCGCCAUGAACGACUAUCCGAGAUCGGCCGGCAGCUGGCGCUGACCAGUCCGCCGCCUGAGAUAGUCGGCCUACAGGAAUGCUGGACGCAGCAGGACUACGAGAGCAUUCGGCAGCAAACACGACACGUUCUACCAUACGGCAAAUUUUACUUCGGAGGCAUUUUCGGCGCCGGCCUGGCCAUUCUGUCGCGAUGGCCCAUCGAGGAAAGCAGCAUGUACGCGUACCCAUUGAACGGCCGGCCCACCGCUUUCUUUCGUGGAGACUGGUUUGUGGGUAAAGGAGUGGCUUGUGCGAGAAUCCGCUUUGGCCACGGCACCGCCGAUGUUGCGGAGGUAUUCACCACGCAUCUACAUGCCCCCUAUGAGCGCGAGCCCAACGACUCGUACCUGUGCCACCGUACGGCGCAGGCCUGGGAGAUCUCCAAGCUGAUGCGUGGCGCCGCUGAACGUGGGCACCUGGUGAUUGGCCUGGGCGACUUCAACAUGCUGCCGUCUUCCUUUGCCCACCGGCUCAUCACCGCCCAGAGCCCCGUCCGCGACGUCUGGCGCGAGCUGCACCCAGACUCGUCCGUCGGCGCGGCCAUUGACGCUGUCGAGAAGGCCCGCAAUCGGCCUAUCCCAUCGGCCGAGUUUAAUAUGCUCGAGAACGGCGCAACCUGCGAUGGAGCCUUUAAUACCUGGCGUUGGUCCAAGGCCAUGCGCAAGCAACUCGACAAAGGGGAGGACAUCACCAUUGAUAAAGAUUCUCCUGACCCGCGCGCCAAACGACUAGACUAUAUCUUUGUUGGUGACGGUGGCUACGCUCCCGAGUUUCCGCCCCCGCGCUGGUCGGUCGAGUCUGCUCGUCUGGCCAUGACGGAGCGCCAUCCCACGCUCCGCUGCUCGCUGAGCGACCACUUCGCCGUCGAGGCCGUCAUCACUCGCUCUCCAUCGACCAAACCUCCAUCUCUACCACAGUCAUACCCCCCUCCGAACCAUCUUCGCCACCUCUCCACAAAACAAAGUCUAUCUCCCUUGCACCAAACGCCGCCCUAA